AGCCCGGACAGUUCUCUCAGCUCGUCCCCUCCGCUGCAGGGCACAGAAACCUCCCCGCCGCCCGAGCCUUCGGCCCCCCUGCACCCUUCUAUGAUCGGCUCUGCCAUGACCACCUCCCUCGGUGGGCUGGGUUCCCCCUUCCCCGUCAUCAGCUCUUCGAUGGGCUCCCCGGGCCUCCCGGCCACGCCCUCCAUUGGCUACGGACCCGUCAGCAGCCCACAGAUUAACUCCACGGUGAACCUCUCCGGGCUCCAUUCUGUCAGCAGCUCGGACGACGUGAAGCCCCCGCUGGGCAUGAGGGUGGUGUCCGGCCACGCCCACGGCAACAUGAUGCCCGGCAAGCGCCUCUGUGCCAUCUGUGGCGACCGGUCGUCAGGGAAGCACUACGGGGUGUACAGUUGCGAAGGCUGCAAGGGGUUCUUCAAGCGCACCAUCCGGAAGGACCUGACCUACACCUGCCGCGACAACAAGGACUGCGUCGUGGACAAGCGCCAGCGCAACCGCUGCCAGUACUGCCGCUACCAGAAAUGCCUGGCCACCGGCAUGAAGCGCGAAGCGGUGCAAGAGGAGCGCCAGCGCGGCAAAGACAAGGAAGGGGAGGGGGAGUUGGCCGGGGGCGGGGCCAACGAGGACAUGCCGGUGGAGAAGAUCCUGGAAGCCGAACUGGCCGUGGAGCAGAAGUCCGACCAGAGUGUGGACGGAUCCGGCACGGGGGGCAGCUCGCCGAACGACCCCGUGACCAACAUCUGCCAGGCGGCUGACAAGCAGCUCUUCACGCUCGUGGAGUGGGCCAAGCGCAUCCCCCACUUCUCCGAGCUGCCCCUCGACGACCAGGUCAUUCUGCUGCGGGCCGGCUGGAACGAACUGCUGAUCGCCUCCUUCUCCCACCGCUCCAUCUCGGUGAAGGAUGGGAUCCUGCUGGCCACGGGGCUCCACGUCCAUCGCAACAGUGCCCACAGUGCCGGCGUGGGCGCCAUCUUUGACAGGGUGUUGACAGAGCUGGUGUCAAAGAUGCGGGACAUGCGGAUGGACAAGACAGAGCUGGGCUGCCUGCGCGCCAUCAUCCUCUUCAACCCCGAUGCCAAAGGGCUCUCGAACCCGGGAGACGUGGAGCUGCUACGGGAGAAGGUUUAUGCCUCACUGGAGUCCUACUGCAAACAGAAGUACCCAGAACAGCAGGGCAGGUAG